AAGCUCAAGUUUGUUACAGAAACUCAACAUAAUAUAGCAGUUGAUAAGCUAAAUGAGCUAUAUCGAAUUGAACAAGCUAUCAUUAUAAAAGAGUCGAAUGAUAAUCUAUCUAACAAUUUACCUGAAUUAUCACUUACGAACAAACCAUCAAAUGUUAACCAAGUUAAUUAUUCUUUACUCGGACUAUCUGAUGAUUCAGAUGAAGAGGAAAGUAAUAUGUCAAAUGAA